AUGAUUGGCAACGUCGUCUUCCCGGAAAACUACGGAUCCGUCAUUGCAGUUGCUCUAGGAGCGAUUCCUGUCCUUGGAUUCAUCCACGGCAGCAUCACUGGAAGCCUGCGCAAACCCGCCAAGGUCCCGUACCCGCACUCGUAUGCGACCGUGGAGCAAUGCAACAGCAAUGCUAAAGCAGAGCAAUUUAACUGCGCCCAGCGCGCCCACGCCAACUUCCUCGAGAACGCACCCCAGACGAUGCUCUUCACCCUCGUCGCGGGCCUCAAGUACCCCAAUCUGGCGGCUGGACUGGGUUUUGCCUGGCUCGUCUUGAGAUCGCUCUUCCUGUACGGAUACGUGUACUCGGGCAAGCCGCAGGGCAGGGGGAGAUACCUUGGUGGCUUCUUCUGGUUCGCACAAGCUGGACUCUGGGGGUUGACUCUCUUUGGCGUUGCGAAGCCCAUGAUUUCUUGGCUGUGA